CUCGAUGAGCCAGUUUGUGUUCCUGACGUCGCCUAGGCCGGUACCUUAACACAAAAAUGGCGUCCACAAUAGCUGUACAGCCAUCGCUCGCCGAAGUCCAGCGAAUCGUCGACGGCAGCAAAAGCUUUGCCAAUGCGCCCAACCUCAUCCCAAUAUGUUGCUCGAUCCCCUCGGAGUUCUUGACGCCUUCCUCAAUCUACCUCAAGGUCGCGGCAAGUUCUCGAUCAAAGCUAUCCUUUCUCUUCGAAUCCGCCGCCACUUCUGAGACUAUCGGUCGCUACAGCUUCGUCGGCGCAGAUCCUCGCAAAACCAUCGUGUCCGGUCCAAAUCAUGGCCUCGAAGCCGACCCUCUGCCCCAGCUGGACCAAGAGCUCGCACAGUAUCGGGUUGCUCACAUUCCAUCGUUGCGGCUGCCGCCCUUGACUGGUGGAGCCAUUGGAUAUGUGGGCUAUGAUUGCGUAAAGUACUUCGAGCCAAAGACCAAACGUCCUAUGAAGGAUGUGCUGGGCGUGCCGGAAAGUCUGUUCAUGCUGUACGACACCGUAGUAGCGAUGGACCAUUUCUUCCAGAAGGUUGUGGUAAUUAGCUACCUACACGUGCCCUCUCCGGAUGCUCCGUCGGGCGCCCUGGAAAAUGCAUACGAGAAAUCCAAAGCGAGCAUAGCACAGUUGGUGCAUACGUUGAAGAGCAAGGAUCUGCCUCUGCCACCACAAGGUCCAAUUGAUCUGGAGCAAGAGUACAAGAGCAACAUCGGUCGGGAGGGCUACGAGGCCCACGUCACAAGACUGAAGGAACAUAUCGUCAAGGGCGACAUUAUACAAGCAGUGCCUUCUCAGCGCAUCGCACGCCCAACCAGCCUGCACCCAUUCAACAUCUACCGUCAUUUGCGGACUGUCAAUCCAUCGCCAUACCUUUUCUACUUGGAUUGCGAAGACUUCCAGAUCAUCGGUGCAAGCCCAGAGGUAUUGGUCAAGGAAGAAAAUGGCCGCAUCAUCACGCAUCCGAUCGCUGGCACUAUCAAGCGAGGAACAACUCCCGCGGAGGAUCAGGUACUGGCAGAAACACUACACGCCAGCGUGAAAGACAGAGCAGAGCACGUCAUGCUGGUUGACCUCGCACGAAACGAUGUCAAUCGAGUCUGCGAUCCACUGUCAACCAGAGUGGACAAGCUGAUGGUUGUCCAGAGGUUCAGUCACGUCCAACAUCUAGUUUCGGAAGUUUCAGGCAUCCUGAGGCCAGGCAAGACCCGCUUUGAUGCGUUCCGGUCCAUCUUUCCGGCUGGGACAGUCUCAGGCGCACCCAAAGUAAAAGCAAUGGAAUUGAUUGCCGAACUGGAAGGUGAGAAGCGAGGCGUCUAUGCCGGUGCGGUCGGUUGGUUUGGCUACAAUAACAUCGAUGCCGCUACUGGCGAGGAACGAGAGGGCGCGAUGGACACUUGCAUUGCACUGCGGACCAUGAUGACCAAGGACGGGGUGGCAUACCUACAGGCUGGUGGUGGAAUCGUCUUCGAUAGCGAUGAGGGCGAUGAGUACGAGGAGACCAUCAAUAAGCUUGCAGCAAACAUGAGAUGUAUCGAGCAGGCCGAGCGACUGCACUAUGAAGAGCAGCGGGGUGAGACUCAGCCGAUAGCCGAUGGUGGGCCCGUUGGAGGAACAGCUGCGAAAGUCGAACUUGCCGGUUGAAAGGUCAGGUAUGUAAAUGGAAGCGGUCAAGGAAAAGUAAGGUAUGUAGGUACAUGUAGCAGCUGCCCCCCAAUCUAGAUGAACUCGUCGGCUCGUCUGCGAGUCAGCGGGCGGCAGGUGUAGGCCUGAGUACCUCCCGACUUGUACUUACUUAUUG